AUGGCUGCUACCCCGAUGCCAGCCGAGGGCCUACCCUCGGGCGAGGCCGCGCCGCUGCUGGGGCCGAACGCCUCCGCAGACAGCGACGCCGCUCAAGUGAGAUCUAAUGGGACGUUCACGGACUCUGGUGGUGACAAUGGCCAUGUAGAUGCCGUGACCGGCGACGUCGAGGCCGGCCAGGACGUGGACGACGCCAAUGGCCACACGCCGAACGGGGACGGUCCGAAACUCAAAGUGAACAAGGCGGCCCUGUUACCGGCGUUGGCCAUCGGUAUCUUCCUCGUAGCGCUGGACCAGACCCUGACCAUCGCCACCUAUGGCAAGAUGGGCAGUGACCUGUACGCGCUGAACAGCACGAGCUGGAUCGCGACGUCGUAUUUCCUGACGCUGACGACGUUCCAGCCGCUGUACGGGAAGCUGUCCGACAUUUUCGGACGCAAGGAGUGUCUGCUCUUCGCGUACACCCUCUUCGGCAUCGGCUGUCUGGGGUGCGGGCUGGCCCAGGACGUCGUCCAGCUGUGCGUGGCGCGGGCCGUCGCCGGCAUCGGGGGCGGUGGGAUGAACGCGCUCGUGAGCAUCCUCGUCACGGAUCUGGUGUCGCUAAGGGACCGAGGCGUCUGGCAGGGGUAUAUAAACAUUGUGUAUGCCACGGGCGUGGCGGCCGGCGCUCCUAUCGGCGGCUUGAUGGCUGAUAGUGUUGGCUGGCGAUGGGCCUUCGCCGGACAAUGCCCCAUAGCCCUGCUGGCCUUCAUAGCCGUGUUUUCAGUCCUCCACCUGCCCAGGACCGACCACGCGCACUGGAGCACCAAGGUCCUGCGCAUCGACUUCCUGGGCGCCUUCACGCUCGUAUCCGCCGUCUUCCUUCUGCUCUUCGGGCUCGACAACGGCAGCAACGCGGGCUGGUCGCAGAGAAUCACCGUUGUCCCGCUGGCCCUGGCGCCCCUCCUCUUCGCCGUCUUCGUCCUCGUCGAGGUGAGGGUCGCGGCGGAACCGUUCGCGCCGGGCCACGUCAUUUUGGAUGCGCCGCUGCUGGCCGCGUACAGCGCCAACUUCUUCGGCGUCGCGGCGCAUAUGGCCGUGCUGUUCUUCAUCGCGCUGUUCUUCCAGGCCGCCAUGGGCUGGAAUGCUGCCCAGUCGGGCCUCAUGUUCCUGCCCAGCACGGCGUUUGGGCUCGCCGGCUCGCUUGGGGGUGGGGUGAUCAUGCGGCGGACGGGCAGGUAUUACUGGCUUACGUUUGUUGGAUAUGUCUUCUUGCUGCUUAGUGUCGCGCCGCUUGUCGCGUUCACGGGGUUCCUAUCCAUGUCUGUCGCUGGUGUCAUCGUGGGACUGUCUUUGCUCUCUUUGGGAGCUGGAACGUCAAUAACCACAACCCUAAUAGCCAUAAUCGCCAACGCGUCCCCGGACGACACGGCCGUCGCCAUCGCGUGCUCGUACCUGUUCCGGUCGCUGGGGACCACGCUCGGCAUCAGCAUCUCGACGGCGGUGCUGCAGCAGACGCUGCGCACGCAGCUCGCCUCCAACCUAAGCGACGGCGGCCCAGGCCGCGCGCGCGAGAUCGAGGACCGCGUCCGCCUCAGCCUCGACUACAUCCGGUCCCUGGAACCCGACGUCGCCGCCGCCGUGCGCCGGUGCUACGCCGUCGCGACGCAGGCCGCGUUCGUGCCUGUGGCCGUGCUGGCUGCGCUGGCGGUUGUUUCGACGCUUUUCAUCCGCGAGCGGAAGCUGGGGAGGUGA